AUGUGCAGUCAUGGAGUGCACUGGUUGAGAGGGAAGUUGAUUGGAAAAGGAAGCUAUGGUUAUGUUUUUCUUGCUACUCCCAGGAAACCAACAAAGGAUGAGCAUAGCCGCCGUAUGCUCAAUUUGCGAGAAAUGAUGGCGGUGAAAUCAGCGAAGGUCUCUGCUUCUGAGUCCAUUAAACAUGAGUCAGACGUUCUCCUUGAGAUCAAGGGUUGCCCUUUCAUUAUCGAGCGCUUGGGUGAAGAGACCACGGCCACAGACAAGGGUGACAUGGUCUACAACUUGUUGUUAGAAUUUGCUUCCGGAGGAACCCUAGAUGGUCUCAUACAUAAAUCCAAAGGUCAUAAAUUACCCGAAUAUGAUGUUAGAAGAUACACAAGGUCAAUUCUUGAAGGGAUUCAACAUAUUCACAAGUGUGACUAUGUUCACUGCGAUUUGAAGCCGGACAACAUUUUGCUUGUGCCUACCACAACAACUAGUUCUGGUGGUACUAGUUUUGUAGCCAAGAUUGCAGAUUUUGGACUCGCUAAGAAAACCAAGGUGAAUUACAGUCGAUGGAGAGGCACGCCUAGGUAUCUGCCCCCAGAGGCCUUUAUUAAUAACAAACAAGAUCAGUCCUCUGAUAUUUGGUCUCUAGGUUGUAUUGUGUUUGAGAUGCUAACCGGCAAGUCGCCCUGGAAUUUGAAGCCUGGUUACAAUCCAAACAAUCUCGCUGACGUGUUGAUGUUUGAUCAUCUACGUACUUGCAAAAUUCCGACUGGAAUCUCAGAUGUGGCCAUGGAUUUUCUCAAGAGUUGCCUUGCGAUAAACAGCAGGGAAAGAUUAACAGCGGAAAGUCUCUUGUCUCUUCCAUUUGUAGCGCAGCCACAAUCAUCAAAAGAGGGUCAUACCAAGGUGAAGCUGGUUAACUCUUUUUUGGGCUACGCAUCUGGUGUAUGUUGCUUCAAACCGAGCUCAGAUUACCACGCAAACUCUGCCAUUGUACAAUGA